CCCUCCCUCCCCCUCAUUUUCUUUCCUUCUUUCUGGGUUAUGCUGAUUUCUAAAUCUUCUUCUGAUGCUUGUGUUUCAAGAUUGAGCAAACAUGGAUGAAGAUAAUAACAGAAUUAUCGAAGAAGACGAGAGGCAGGCCUUGGCUGGGCUAAGCUUGUCUGUUCCGCCUCCCCGAAAGAGCCAGUCUUACAGCCAACAACUCCGCGCCACCUCUUCCCACAAAUGCCACUCUCAUGUCCGCAAGCACAGCCUAGACGAAGUUCAAGUCCUUAAAAACAUAGACCACCAUCACCACAACCCCUACUACGACUCUUCCGAAGAGGAGUUCUUUCCUUACUCCUCCUCAUCCACCACUUCUCCUACUGGUGAGAGGAUCGACCAGAGCCUCUGCGUGGAGGCUGGUUUUGAUGACUCCAGGCAAUGCCAACCGUUGCCGGAGUUCAUCGGUAGCGGAGGCGCAAGCGGAAUAUUCAAGGUUCCGACUCGUGCGCCGGUCCAUCCUGGUCGCCCGCCUUGCCUCGAGCUGAGGCCACAUCCAUUGAGGGAGACCCAGGUGGGAAAGUUCUUGAGAAACAUCGCAUGCACGGAAACCCAAUUGUGGGCAGGCCAAGAGAGUGGAGUGAGAAUGUGGGAUUUCGAUAAUGUUUAUGAUCCCGGGUGCGGGCUUGGUGGGUUUGGUGGGAGAGUGAAGAGGGGUGAUGAGGAUGCGGCACCGUUUCAUGAGUCUGUGAACACGUCCCCCACCCUGUGUUUGAUGGUUGAUAGUGGGAAUAGGUUGGUUUGGAGUGGGCAUAAGGAUGGGAAGAUUAGGUCCUGGAAGAUGGAUCAGCCUUUGGAGGAUACCCCAUUCAAAGAAGGUCUUUCGUGGCAGGCGCAUCGUGGUCCUGUUCUUUCUAUGGUUUUGACAUCUCACGGUGAUCUUUGGUCAGGUUCUGAAGGUGGUGUCAUUAAGAUCUGGCCAUGGGAAUCCAUUGAAAAACCUCUCUCUCUAAAACCGGAGGAAAAGCACAUGGCUGCUUUACUGGCAGAGAGGUCAUUUAUUGACUUAAGGAGCCAAGUCACUGUUAAUGGUGCCUGCAGUUUAUCUUCUCAAGAUGUAAAGUGUUUGUUAUCCGAUCAUGUUAGAGCUAAAGUUUGGUGUGCUACUCCCAUGUCCUUCUCACUGUGGGAUGCGCGUACAAAGGAGCUUCUAAAGGUAUUUAAUGUAGAUGGUCAGAUAGAGAAUAAAGUUGACAUGUCAUCAGUGCAACAAGAUCAAGCAGUAGAAGACGAGGCGAAGAUAAAAUUUGUUUCCCCGUCAAAAAAGGAGAAAUCCCAGGGUAGCAGCUUUUUGCAACGGUCUCGUAAUGCCAUAAUGGGAGCAGCAGAUGCUGUGCGUCGAGUUGCAACUAAAGGGGCAGGAGCAUUUGUAGAAGAUAGUAAGAAAACAGAAGCACUAGUGCUAGCUGCUGAUGGGAUGAUUUGGAGUGGGUGUGCAAGUGGUUUACUUGUGCAGUGGGAUGGGAAUGGAAAUCGACUGCAAGAAUUUAGCUACCAUCCUUGUUCUGUUCAAUGCUUUUGCACUUCUGGGACACGAAUUUAUGUAGGCUAUGUGACUGGUGUUGUCCAAGUAUUGGAUCUUGAGGGAAAUCUGAUUGCAGGAUGGGUGGCUUAUAACAGUCCUGUGAUAAAAUUGGCAGCUGGAACUGAUUAUGUUUUCAGCUUAGCUACUCAUGGUGGCAUACGUGGAUGGAGCAUCACAUCUCCAGGGCCUCUUGACAAUAUAAUACGAUCAGAAUUGGCAGCAAAAGAACUGACAUAUACAAGACGAGAUAAUGUCAGAAUCUUAGUUGGCACUUGGAAUGUUGGUCAAGGAAGAGCCUCUCAUGAUUCACUUAAGUCAUGGUUGGGUUCUGCUGUAUCAGAUGUUGGCAUUGUAGUUAUAGGGUUGCAAGAAGUAGAGAUGGGUGCCGGUUUUCUUGCAAUGUCUGCAGCCAAAGAAACCGUAGGACUUGAAGGGAGUUCUGUUGGGCAAUGGUGGUUGGACACGAUUGGAAAGGCCUUAGAGGAAGCAACAACUUUUGAGCGUAUGGGUUCUAGGCAGCUAGCAGGCUUGCUUAUCUCUCUCUGGGUGAAAAAGAAUCAUAGACCAUAUGUUGGGGACAUCGAUGUUGCAGCAGUUCCAUGUGGCUUUGGUCGUGCAAUUGGCAAUAAGGGAGGUGUAGGUUUGAGAAUUAGAGUGUACGAUCGGAUCAUGUGCUUUGUGAACUGUCACUUGGCUGCACAUCUGGAAGCUGUCAAUCGCCGCAAUGCUGAUUUUGACCACAUAUUUCGAAAUAUGGUCUUCAGCCGGUCAUCUAAUCUACUUAAUAAUGCUGCUGGUAAACUUCCAUACCCUUUUUUGUGUAUUGCUCUCGUGUUCUCCAUAUAUUUACCUUGGCAGCUUUGUUCUUCUGGCUUAUUGUUGGUCCUCUUCGGUGCAGCCGGUGUCUCAACAACUGCUCACAUGCCUCGGAGCACAAAUGCUGGGGGUGGCAACUCCGAAGAACCAAGACCUGAGUUAUCUCAAGCAGAUAUGGUUGUAUUUCUUGGCGACUUUAAUUACCGCCUUUUUGGUAUAUCUUAUGAUGAGGCAAGGGACUUUGUUUCGCAAAGAUGCUUUGAUUGGCUCAGAGAAAAGGAUCAGCUGAGGGAAGAGAUGAAAGCUGGGAAAGUUUUCCAGGGAAUGCGAGAGGCACUCAUCAGAUUCCCACCAACAUACAAGUUUGAAAAGCACAUAGCAGGUUUAGCAGGAUAUGAUUCUGGUGAGAAGAAACGAAUUCCUGCUUGGUGUGACAGAAUAAUAUACCGUGACAACCGGUCGGCUUCAGUGUCUGAUUGCAGUUUAGAGUGCCCUGUGGUCUCAUCAAUUUUACAGUAUGAAGCAUGCAUGGAUGUGACUGACAGCGAUCACAAACCUGUCCGGUGUAAAUUCAAUGUGAGAAUUGCUCAUGCUGAUAAAUCUGUAAAGAGACAGGAGUCUGGGAAAGUUUUCAGAAAUGAUGAGAAAAUCAGGUCUAUUCUUGAAGAAUUAAGUUUUAUUCCAGAAACCAUUGUGAGCACCAACAACAUAGUCCUUCAACAACAUGACUCAUCCAUUCUGCGAAUCACCAACAUGUGUGUCAAGGAUACGGUUACAUAUAAAAUCAUUUGUAAAGGUCAGCCGACUUUCAAGGAGGAUGCACAAACGCCCAAUUUUCACCCAAGGGGUGGCUAUGGCUUUCCCCGAUGGCUUGAGGUAAUCCCAGCAGCUGGCGUAAUAGAACCUGAAGAAUUUGUGGAGGUUUCGGUAAAUCAGAAAGACUUUCUUACGCCAGAAGAGAUUGCUGAUGGCAUCCCACCAAACUGGUGGUCGGAAGACAACCGAGAGAAUGAAGUGAUCUUGGCAGUAAAUGUUUGUGGCAGUUGCUCAACCCAAACAUACAGUCACCAAAUCCUUGUCCGCCACUGCUACCCAGGCAAGUCAAUCCGCAUUGAUUCAAAAUCAAACAUUUCUAGAAAGAACCAAGAAGGUCCAUUUCAACAGUCUGAAUUCCGGCAACUAAGCACUUCCUCUCUUGCGAUUGAUGAGAAACCUGUGAAGCUAGAAACAAAGACAAAUAGCUUACGGCAGUUCUAGGUGCACCACCAGGGAGAAGUGCUUGGACUAGAAAUGUAAAUACUUCUGUGGAGCCAGCCUACUUGCCAGUACAAUCAUCAUCUUAGAACAGGUUCAAUUCAUAUACCAUCACCUAUUAUAUUCAGUUUACUUAACUCAGCUUUUUAGCCAAAGCGCAUUGUAAUUUUAGACAAAUGAUUCAAUCAACUGAAGAAAGGAAAAUGUAUAAGCAGCAAUCCAGAGCUCUUCAUUUCUUACUAGUACUGAUAGGUUCUCUAAGCCUCCAUCCAUGGAUGGAUGCCAAUGCUUUUUGCAGAAACAGUUACCGAAAGUACAAGGGGCUAUCGUGAUUAGUUUUCGCUAGUGUACUAGAUUACUGAACUCGAUACUAAUGGA